AUGAAGACUCUCGUCUGUGGAGCCUGCUGGACCGAGGUCUUCAACACAGAAGCGAUCCAGAAGUUCUGGGUACAAGAGAGCUGCGACUUCUGCUACACCACCACAUGGGCACGGAUUGCCCAGUCGGCUGGAAAUGCGUGCAACUGGUGCGGCUUCUUGACGUCUAUCCUGCCGUCUCCAGGCACUCCACAAUGGCCCCAUGCUUGGACCACAACGACGGAAUUAUCGGUCAUCAUGGAUAAAGCCUACAUGGUGGACAACACGAGCCCGCGAGGGUUAAACCAAUGUCAGAUCGACUUUUGUUCCGAAGACUUCUUGCGCGACUGGCACGUGGAGCUAGACCUGUUCGUCGAUGACCCUGACGAUUCUACUGGGAUCGUCACCGCUCGGCCGUUACAGUCAAGGCUCAAUUCAGCCGAAGCAUAUUCACAGAUCUCACAGUGGCUGGACCAAUGCGAGAACCAUAUGGAUUGCGACGGAGUGUCGUUGUACGCGAAUCUACCGUCCAGACUUAUUGAAGUGGCACCAGCAGACUCACUAAGCGUUCCACGUCUUCGAUCUACUACCGGAUUGAAGGGGUCGUAUCUGGCUCUCUCAUACUGUUGGGGCUCGAGCCAAUCUUAUGUUCUGACGACGAAGAAUCUCGAGGUCUUGACGCAAGAGCUGCAGGUGAAGAUGCUACCACAGACGGUAUUGGAUGCCAUUGAAGUCACCAGAACUCUGGGUUUCAAGUAUCUCUGGCUGGAUGCGCUAUGCAUCAUGCAAGAUUCCGCCGAAGCCGUAGCGCGACAAGACAUGGACCACGAGCUUGCGACGAUGGACCAAGUCUACAAGAACGCUACUAUGACCAUCGUCGCAGCGUGUGCUCCGUCCGUCACAGAUGGCUUUCUCAAAGACCGGCCUGGGUCAGGACAGAGCCGUUUCGAUAUCCCAUGCCGACUCGGUCCGGAGCAGUUCUUUGUCGUCCAUAUCCAGGAGCACAGUAUGUACGAUGACAUGAGAGAGCCCAUUAAUACAAGAGCCUGGGCUUUUCAAGAAGAGCUCCUUUCCCCACGCCUGUUGAUCUACGCCUCUCACACCCUACAGUGGCAAUGUCGCACGCUAACAUGUAACCUGGGCGGAUCCUACCACGCUCCAAAUCCCAGCGCUGCCCCCCGCCUGCCGUCUCCGCAGAUGUUGCUUCUCGAGGGCCCCGAACGAAACCACAGACGCGAUCAACUCAGCCCCAAUAUCCCCCAUGCCAUCUUACAGCAUUGGCUGAGAAUUGUGACGAGCUAUUCAAUGCGCAAAUCCUCUCUACCCAGCGACAAACUAAGCGCCCUUUCCGGGCUCGCAGUCUCCUACGCGCCCAUCUUCGGACCAGAAUACCUCGCCGGCAUCUGGGCCAGAUCCGCCGUGCAGCAACUCUGCUGGCGCGGCCCGGACAGUCGCCUAUUCUUCACACGACCAACGCAGUAUCGAGCGCCCUCGUGGUCAUGGGCCGCCCUCGACGGGCCCGUCUACUUCCCCUCGUUCCUCCAGACUUACAAUGCCAGCGUGUGCGUGCCAUAUCAUCGCUUCGAAAUCGUCGAAUGGCAGACUCGGCUCAAGGCCCCCAACCUUCCCUGCGGCGAAGUGAUGGCUGGGAAGCUGAUCGUCACAACGGUCUUGAGAGACGCCACCUUCGAUCCGUCAAGCUCGCCCGCAAUACGCUUCGAUACAGCUCUAUCGUAUGCUGAUCCAGGGCCAAUAGAAACCGCCCAAGGCAAUUCCGACACGGCCGAAGACAAUUUCACUAGAGCUGUCCGCUGUGUCGCUAUUUACCGCAGCAAUAGACCCGAGUCCCCACGAAUCGGCGGCCUGUUGCUCGUAGAGUCUUCUGGGCACAACGGCCUGUUUCGACGCAUGGGCUCGUUCACCGCCAAUAUUUCCACGUUCGAGGGUUAUCCGCUCGAUACUUGCGGUGAACUUGCCCAACUACUAGGCCCGAAAGUCUCCUUUGCCAACUCAUCCGCCUAUCUGGCAACUGAAAGAGCAUACUGGUCUCUUCAAGAAGCAGACCUCUCACCGACAUGCAUCGUAGUGCCAUCAACAGCAGAAGAUGUAUCCACGACCGUGCGGACGAUUGCCGGCAACCAAGGAUGCCCAUUCGCCAUCAAAGGAGGAGGCCAUGCGCCACAGGCUGGAUCCGCGAAUAUCGAUUCAGGCGUUACGAUCGAUAUGACCGGUCUGACGUCGGUGACGGUCAAUGGAAAUAAAACGGUCGCUAGUGUUGGCGCAGGGGCAUCUUGGUUAGAUGUUUAUCUUUACUUGGAUGGCCUCGGUAUUGCGGUAGCUGGGGGUCGAAAUGCUGCUGUUGGCGUCGGCGGAUUUACACUUGGAGGUGGUAUUUCCUACUUUGCACCGCGAGAAGGAUGGGCAUGCGACAACGUUGUGAAUUUUGAAAUCGUUCUCGCAUCCGGCGCCAUUGUCAAUGCCAACGCCAAAGUCCGGCCAGACCUCUGGCGUGCUCUUAAAGGCGGCAGCAACAACUUCGGCAUCGUCACUCGUUUUGAUUUCGAGACAUUUCCCCAGGGUGCCCUAUGGGGCGGUGCUCUCACACAGUCCAUAAACAGUAGCGAUGAAGUCUUCGAAGCCUUUGCGAACAUUGCCUCAGCGCCUCAGUACGACCCUUACGCCUCUCUUGUGACCGGUCUUACCUUCAACUCUACAAGCCAGCAAUGGCUCAUCGGGCAUCUGGCCACGUAUACCAAACCGGUGGCAGACCCUCCUGUGUUUGAAGGGUUGUUGGCGAUUGAACCGCAACUUCAAAAUACCUUGGGAUUCACGAAUCUCAGUACCUUAACGAAUGAACCGGGACUGCCUGUACAACUUAAUUCGCUCUUCUACACAGCGACCUAUGGUGUCUCAGCCACACUACUUGCCAAGAUCCUCGACAUAAGCAAUGAGACCAUUUAUUCCACCUAUCCUCGAGUCCCAGGCGGUAUAUUAUGGAGUCUUGCCUUCGAACCAUUACCUACGCAAGUGACAAAAUUCGGCCCAUUAAAAGGUGGUAACUCGCUGGGCACAACACCUGGUGACGGCAAUGGCAUUGUACUUCUCCUCAGCGCCUUCUGGGCCUCCACAUCCGCCAAUGCUUUCGUGCAGCAGACGGCUCACAGGAUCAUGCAGAAAGCGAACGAAACGGCCAGGGGUAUGGGGAUGCUGCAUAAGUUCGUAUACCUGAAUUAUGCGAAUCAGGACCAGAAUCCGAUAUCGACUUAUGGACGAGAGAACGUGGCGAAUCUGAGGGCGACGGCGACGAAGUAUGAUCCGCGAGGGAUUUUCCAAAGGCAGGUUCCUGGCGGUUUCAAGUUGCCGGUUUAG